GAACUGACAACUUCUCAGAAAAGCGGUGGGAAUGUGCUUCAGAUGAUGUAUGAAAAACCAGAACGAUGGUCAUUCACCUUCCAGACCUAUGCCUGCUUGAGUAGGAUACGAGCUCAACUCUCUGCUGUACAUGGGAAGCUCAAAGAGGCUGAGAAGCCUGUGGUGUUCUUUGAGCGUUCUGUGUAUAGUGACAGGUAUAUUUUUGCAUCUAACUUAUAUGAGUCUGAUUGCAUGAAUGAAACAGAAUGGACAAUUUAUCAAGACUGGCAUGACUGGAUGAAUAACCAGUUUGGUCAGAGUCUUGAAUUGGAUGGGAUAAUUUAUCUCCGAGCCACUCCAGAG